UCAAAACUUAUCGGAACUACUAGUUUCUCGACCAGUGGUUGAAAUGCGCCGUGCCAGGUGUGACGUCAUUCUCUGUUCCCGACCGAGGUAAUUUGAACGCAGCACAAGCUGCUUCCUAGUCCUGCGUGUCUCUGGAUGUUUACGGCGGCUCUCCGGAGAUUUCAGGCGAAAUGGAGAUCUUACAGACACCGCUUCGUGCCUUGGGUUGUCUUGAAUCUGUCUAAGAACGAGAAGACCCUGCGCCAGGUUACCGAUCGCUCGGAAGACAAAGUCAUCCCAGAUGAGCAGGUUUCACAGAGCCUAUUGAGGCUCUUCAGAGCCUUCCUCAGGAGCAGCGGAGGGCUAAUCCCAGGAGUCCAAACGAGCUUCUUGCCCCGGAUUCCACUUCAUCAAGAUCAGAAUGAAAAUGUUCUGUUCCAAGCUCUGGGAUUCUGUAUUGAGAGGAGGCCUAGUUCUUUACCCUUUGCCGGAACUGGGGUGUUUGUCAGCAGGGGAUUUGUACCCAAAGGAGCUACAGUUGCCAUGUAUCCUGGUACAGUUUAUCAGCCUUAUGAGCCCAUCCUCCUUCAGUCCAUCAGAAACCCCUUUGUAUUCAGGUGUAUUGAUGGGGUGCUGGUUGAUGGGAAUGACAAAGGCAUCUCCAGAAUGGUGUUCAGGUCAUGCAGCGGCAGGGACAGAAUUGGUCCCUAUAUGACAAGUGACACCAGCUGGCUGACAGACAGUCCACAAAAUCCACUGGCUGUGGGCCAGUACGUCAACAACUGCACCAAUGAAAGGCCUGCUAACGUCUGCUACCAGGAGUACGACGUCCCAGACAGCUUUCCCAUCGAGCUUCGCCAGUAUCUCCCAAAUGUCAACUACAGCCACUGUACUCAGAGACGUCUGCGAUGUGUUGUCCUUGUGUCACUCAGAGACAUACAAGCAGGAGAGGAGCUCUUCUCCAACUACUACACCAUUGUGCGCUGAAAUGUUUCAACUUUCUUACUGAAAAACAAAUAAAGAGCAAAAAAGCAAAACAAA